AUGUGGCAUUAUUCACUUUCAACAACAAUUUAUUCCUUUCUUAUCAUUAUUAUCAUUAUCAUCCUUCAUUUUCGAACAAUUCACUCACUACGCUGCAAAUGUAAUGCAAAUCGUGGACCAUCACCAUGUGUUGGUGAUUUCUGUGACAUACAUAAUCGUGAUGGUAAACGUGCUGCAUGCGGUGCAUUACGACGUUUACGUCAAACAAUUUUUGCAUGCGUUUUAAUUCGUCAAAGUUCAAAUGAUACAUACUGUCAUGUAAUUGGCAGUACAACAGCAUGUUGGUGUCGACAGAUGGAUUUUUGUAAUGUUGAUUUAGAAGCAGAGCUAUUUGAUGUUGAUGAAUCAAUGGAUGAUAAUUCAAAUGAAGUAUUAUUAUCAUCAACUAAUUUCAUUACUGAUAAUUCUCAACAUAAACAACAAUUAGAAUCAAUAAAAUUACAAUCAUAUCCUAGAACAAGAAUUCCAAUACAAUCAUUUAAUAUUACUACUAUAACAAUGAAAACAAUAACAACAACAACAACAACAACAACAACGAUGAUAACUUCAUUGGAUAAAAAACAAUCGAUGAAAAUGAAGAUUAAUCCAGCAAUUGAAAUUGAUGUCAUCGAAAAGAUAAAACUUACACCGGAACGAGAAAAUCCACCAACAGUUGUUACGGAAAUAAUUUCCGAUAGCUACGAAUAUACAUUAGAUGAAGACGAUGAUGGCUUUCAUUGGCAAGCAUUAGCAAUUCCCGACAAACUUAUCGCAACAAGAAAAACCACAACAACAACAACAAGCUUAUCACAAUCGAUGAAUUCAUCAAAAUAUAAAAAUAGCAAAUCAUUGGAAGUAUUAUUGAGUAAUUUAUCGCUUUCAGCAUCACUACACAUAACAAAUUUAACAACAACUUUAGCAACUGAUACAAUGAUAUCAACUGAUAAAACUGCUAUCACUAAAACAAUUCCACAAACGACUAGUACAGAUGCAAAAUUUAUUAAUGGAAUUUUUAUUACUGAAAUUCCUAACGGUGAUAAAAAACAUAAAAUAGUAUCUGUUACUGAUACAAUUCCUCAUACUAAAGUAACACCUAAAACUAUUCCUAUUAAUAUGAUUGAUACUACGAUAACAAUAUCAACUGAUAAUCAUUCUACAUUUUAUGAAACUAAUUCACUGAUAACAUCUAUUUUUAAUUCACACUUACAAUCUACUCUAUUUGAUGAUAAAAAAUUAUCAAAUUCAAAACUAGUAACUAAUUCACUAUUAAAACAUAUUAUUUCUUCUUCUCCUACUACAAAUGCUAUGAUAAUUUCAUCGUCACAAAAUGCUAAUAUUGCUGCUGGAGCUCAAAUUACUGAAACAAAUUUUACAAAAUCAUAUUUGCAUACUGAGCGUAAAAUUUAUAAACAACAACAACAACGGAAAGAAGAUGAAUUAAAAGUUAAAUCAGACUAUAAUCGAUUGAAAGCAAAUAGUACUAUUAGUCCAAUUAUUACUUAUAGCCAAUCAGCGCCAAAAACACAAUUAGAUCAAUGGGAAUGGGAAAGAAAACAACAACAACAACAACAACAACAACAACGACAACAAGCAGUUAAUCACGAAUGGAUCAACAAUAAAAAUAAUAACAAUGGUGAUAGUGAUAAUCAUAAUAACCAUAAUAUUUUUAAUAAUAGCCACAGAAUAUCAUCGUCAUCAUCAUCAUCAUCAUUAUCAUUAUCAACAUUACUGUUAUCAUCAUCUAUUUUUUUCACUUUACCAUUUUCAUUAUUUUCAUUUCGAUUCCUACUAUCUUUAUGA